CACUCCCGUACAUUCUCAUCAGUAGUAAACUCAGUGAGUCAUCACUCACUCAAGUCUUUUUUUAUCAAAUCUGUAACACCAUAUUCAAUAUCUUCAACGUAAACAGUAGAAUUAAAGAAAAAUCUGGGAUGCGCGAAAAAUGGUGAAUCCAAGAAGAAGCUCAUAUGUUAGUAGUGGCCAAAGCUCAGAAAACCCUUUUCAAACCCAAUCAUUUUCUCUCUCUUCAAUCCUUAAUUUGUUGAAAAAGCCUCAAGCUUUUCCUUUUCUUCUCUCAAUCUUCAUUCUUCUCACAUGGGUUUCUCUCAAAUUCCAACAUUCUUCUCAUUUUUCUCCUCUUUAUCAAAACCCUAAAAAAUGGAGCAAAGAUGAAGACCUAAAAGCUAAUUUGAUUAGAUUUCUUCCUUCUAAAUUGGCUAAAAAAGACAAAAGAGGUUGGCUUCUUAAUCCUGUAGCUGCUGCCCUUGAUGCUGGUAUUUCUGGUGGAGCUGUGAGCUGUGCUUCAGUUCAUGUUGGUGAGAUUCGGCCGGGAGGAAUUAGAGGGAAUCACAGACAUUAUACAUGCAAUGAGACAUUUAUCAUUUGGGGUGCUCGUAUAAAGUUUAGGUUGGAGAACAGUCAAGUUGUUGAUAAGGGUUACGCUGAAGUGGAGAUUGGUGCAGAUGAGGUUGCGGUUGCAUCUAGCCCAAGUGGGACAGCCCAUGCCCUGGUGAAUGUAGAUCCAAUAAGAACCGCUUUCCUUUUGGGAUGCCAAGAUAACAUUGUUAACUAUAACAGCUCAAGUAGUACUGCUUUUAAUAUCUGGAAUGAUCUUUGACUUCGCCAUCCCAUGUGUAUAGUCUAUCCUGAUGCUUUAAGCAAGUUUAACAAGCUAAAGGCAUCUCUCACUUCUUUCAUGCUGUCUAUGAAGAUCUUUCUCUCAUUGUAACUGCAGUCUACAGUUUUUGAUGUUCUGCUUUAGAUGGUUGAAUUUGCACCUAAAUUUGCUCAGAUAUGUUCAUAGCAUACAGAUUGCUGAUUUUGGAUUCACCAAUCAUGCUUCUCAUUUGUACAAGCUGCUUUGUUUGAUAAAAUCACUUUUUAUUGCUCUUUUAGUCUUCAUACAUAUCUGGGCUAAUAACUAUAGUUCCAGUAAAUUCUGUGUUGAAGCUUGGAGGCAGUGUACACUAGGAAAUGUAUAUGCACUUCCUUUUUUUGGAAUAUUGAGGAAAUGUAUGUGUGUGUGUGUGUUUUUUUUUUUUUUUUUUUGGGGGGGGGGGGGUCUGGAGCAAAUAUCACUGGAAACUGCUGCCUUUCGAGUUCUGGGUUCAGAAGCAUUUGGAGCUCAAAAUGGUAAUGGUAUUUGGGAAUGAACAAGCAUUACUAAGGACGUUGAUAUGAGACUUUCUUAGCUAUAUAUCAUUACACUAACUACCAUGAUUUUGCUGCUGCCUACCAAGCUGUUGUUAAAGCUUAGGAACUUUUUGUAGAUAUAAUAUUCUCAAAAAUCUGAUGCGGGACACUUGCAAAUCAUUUCCUUGUUAUUUGUUUGAUUUGGUGACCAUCGGUUUAUCUUUUAUUCAAAUUAUUGCAUAAAGUAUCGGGAGUUUUAGCUGCUUGAUAAGUACUUUGAUUAUACAUAUGCAUGCCAAUUUAUUAAAAUAUAGUUCAUACAUGCUCUUUUGCUGAAAACCUUUUCUAAACACUUUUUGGUGUAAACCUUGUUUUAAAAAAAAAAAAAAACUUUUAUCACUCUUGACGAUGCCAUCUCCUCUGGUCACGAUUCUAGUUGACGAUUCAUGUUAGCCGACCCCAAUCACCUUGGGAAUAAGGCUUAGUUGUUGUUGUUGUUGUUGUUGUUGUUAUAGUUCAUACAUGCUCUUUUGCUGAUGUGUGUGAAGAAAUCAUGUUGAAUUACUAUCCCAGAACCUUCAAACCCUUAGAUGCUCACGAAUGGGAUGAUAAUAUCUGAUCUGUGAGGAAAUAACAAUUUUGGCACUUUGCUAGCAUGGCAAGAAGAUGAGCCUUAGGUUAGUAAAGGAAGAUAAACUUGAAAAACAAGAGCUGCUUAAAUUACUGAAAUGGAAAAGGAGAGCAAGAAGAGAUGGCUGUGUUUGUUGGGCGUACUCUCCAGGCAGUGGAACCAUGUGUCAAUAAUGUCACUCGGAUGCGGGAUCUUUGAUUCAGCAAUUGGCAUUGAUCUUAACAACAUCAAGCUCACGAAAGAUGCACAUGACUCUCCAAUCACGCAAAUAACUGAUAAGUGCCAACAUUAGAGCUGCUCUUCAUUGGAUGUUUCAAAGGGCUGAAGAUGCGGAUAUCAUGUUUUAUCUCUAUAGUGGUUAUGGGACUCAAAUUCUGCCAAAAGGUGUAUGAAAGGACGAAGCGAUUGUUCUUGACGACGACUUCAGGGAAUUAUUAGUUGACUGCCAGCCAAAAGGAGCAAGCUGCACAUUCUUUUCAAAGUCAUUUCAUAGUGGAACUGUGGGGGACUCAAAGAGGAGCAGGUCUUAGUGCGACUCCUCAAGUCCAUCAGUGACCAUGAAGUGUCUGAAUCUGACGUGGGGACCCAACUGGAUGUGCAUCUUGGCGAGAAUGCUAGCUACAAAUUCUGUCACAUGUCUCAAAAGUGGAGUAUUGAUUGUAUCAGCAGGCGGUGCUCGGGGAGCAUGAAGGUCUUAUAAGAGGCCAAUUGCCAUACUGGUGAUGGAGAGGUUGAAGAAACAAGGAUUUCUCAGAAUCCUCGAUUGUUCGCAGUGAUGACUGUGUUGCUAGUGGCUUACUGUGCCAAACUGCAUAAGUAAAUGGCGAACCCACAAAUUCAGCCAACCUCUUCACGUGAAGUAUGGGAUCGUCCUUCAAUUCCUCAUACUUGAGGAACAAUACCUUGUCUGGUUGUUCUGAACUCGCCUUCCAAUACUCGGCAACGUGAUCAAAGAACGGCCCAAAAGGGAUUCUUUCUUCGCAAAAGGCUUCGAAGAAAUCCUCCAAACUAGGAGUUUGGUAAAACAUACCCAAUAUCAUCUUCAUAACAUCCAUGGAAAAAUACUUCUUCAUCACUUUCAUGGAAAAAUGAUAUAGUGAUACCAGUGUGUCCAAAGGAUUUCGGGUGAUGUAUACAAUCUUACACCCUGAAGUCUUGAUAGAUUCAGGAAGUGACGAGUAGGGUAAGUGAGUGCUCAAAAGCCUUGGCGAGGAAAGCUCAUCAAGAUGGUGUGGACGAGGAUAGACAAAAGCGUUGCUAUAGACAUCUGUCUCUAAACUAUACACAAGUUCAUGAGGAUGGUUCGCUAGUAUAGGAUUCUGGUCAUGGUUUGUAGAGUAGUGAACACGGUUAACAAUCGCAAAGAGUAAAGAUUUCAACCAAGUGGUGCCAGUUUUGGGGAAGCUAGCAACAAAAAGAUCGCUUUUUCGAGCACAGUAGUGGCUUUGGAAUGCAAGGAUGUUUUGGAUCUGGUUUUCAUGGUACCAAAAACCUUGGUAUUUCAUUAUUUUGCUGCCAAUGAAGGUAGCCUUUGGAAGGCCUUGCUUAAGUUGUUGAGCUUCUUUUUCAGACACAAUAAUUUCUUCCUGUUUCUGGUUUUGAUUCAUUGUGUAUAUGGACAAUAUAUUCUUGUUUUUGCAAUAGUUAUAUAUAGCUAUUAUAAUAGUGAUAUGGA